AUGGGUGUUAUUCCAGUGCUUAAUGACUCGGAUUGGAACGCGCAGAUGGAACGAGCCGGUGGCAAACUCAUUGUCGUGGACUUUUCUGCUGUUUGGUGUGGUCCCUGUCAACACAUUAAACCCAUUUACCAUCAACUAAGUGAUCAAUAUCAUGACGUGGUGUUUUUGGAAGUCGAUGAAGCGCAGAAUCGCUCAUUAAUUGGUGCAUUGGGCGUCCGUGGCUUUCCAACGUUCCAUUUCUAUAUGAAUAAGAGCAAAAUUGAUGAACUCGUUGGUGCUGAUCCAAGUCAAUUACGUGCUAAAAUUGAGCAAUGGCGUCAAUCGGCGUUUAAUCCAUUUGCGUCACCAGGAAUGACACUUGGUGCUGGGUCCAAUGCGACGAUUAAACCUCUUUCUACUAUAGAAGCUCGAGAGGCUCGACUCAAGAGAUUUAAUGACGUGAGUCUAGUCCCUAAUGUUCCAGCUUCGACUAAUACGGAGGCUGUUACAAAGCCUGUCGUGCCGGUUUCAAACAUGGUUUGCGACCAGGUGACUGGUAUUUGUCGUCCUAGAGAUGAUGAUGAAGAGAUGAAGGAGGAAAGUGGCGAGAUGAAUUCUCCAGCGGUGAAUAAAGACCUGCUGAUGCAAUUGAAAGAAAUGGGGUUUAAUGAACUACGCUGUCGCAAGGCGCUACUGGCAACGGAUAGUGAGGGGUUAGAGGUGGCUAUAAAUUGGCUGGAUGACCAUCAGGAUGAUGCGGAUAUCGAUGAGCCGAUCAAGUUUGUCGAUUUAUCGAAAACUGCAUCAAAACAGGAGCUGACACCUGAGGAAAAGGCUGCAAAGGUCGAAGAGUUGAAGCUUCUUCUUGAAAAGAAGCGUCUGGAACGCGAGGAACAAGAAAAAGUGAAUCAGCGUCUGAAUGAACUGAAACGUCGUACCGAAGGGCAGGGAUUGUUGGAGGCUCGUGAUGAAAUUGAGGCUAUUCAACGGAAGAUUGCUGCCGAGCGGAUGAAGAAGGACAAGGAGGACGCCAAGCGCGAGCGUGAGCGUUUGCGUAAGCAGAUUGAGAUGGACAAGCGUGAGCGUCAGGCUCGCGGCGGUCGAUUGGGGGGUCCUCCAAUUAACGUUGCGCCCAUUAUUGAGGUGAGCACCGAGAAGGAAGAAGAGAAGAAACCAAGCCUCGUGCUGACACCGAAAGAGCAGGUUGUGAAAAAUGUGGGCAUUCUAAAAAAGUAUCGUGUUGGUAAUGACGGACUCACAGCUCUCAAGACGCUGAACGUGUAUGUGAAGAACCUGGUUGAGAAGCCCGACGAAGAAAAGUUUCGUACGAUCAACCUAGAGAACCCAGCGUUUCGUAAACGUGUGGCUAGCCUUGUAGGUGGCGUGGCUUUCCUGAAGAGUCUAGGCUACAAGAAAGACGAGGCUGAUGGCAAUCUCAAACUCACAGUGGAAAUGCGUGACGUGGAGCUGCUGCAAUAUGCUCGUUCUCAGCUUGAGGGCGCGAUUGCUGAGCUCUCGAAUUAA